AUGGAGAUCAAUUUUAAACAGCCAAGAGGCUCUAAGAUCACUUGGGCGACCGUUCAAGUUUCCUUGGACGGCGAACAUCAAGCUCUCCAGCCAUAUCGCGACAACACGAUCCUUGACCUUCAACACUUGGUUGCCAUUACUCAUCUUGGCCCAUCACAGUUGUUUGGAGAACCCUUGACCAUAGCUGAGACUAGAGCACUUCGUGGAACACCAACUAUCAGUUUUCCGGGCGGUGAAUUGAGUGGUUUGGGGGCUGACGGCCAGAGGUCCUACGAGCACAGCACUAGAUGGAAGUUUACAGGCGAUCGCAAACCACGUGACGACGGUGAGAGUGUGCAGCUGGUUUACAACACUUUAGAAUGGGAGCUGACGGAGAAUGACUUUGAGAAGCAAUCGUCCCAUGGGAACAAGUUCCAGACAGCAUUUGCUUUCGCCAACAACGGACAACCAUUCCUGUUGCGAGUUGAGAUUCAAGGCCGAACGCAUGGGGUUGGCGGUCGGGUCAAGAACAAAGUCAAGGAAGCUUUCAAGUUUGGUUCACGCGCACACCAAGAGGAGACCAUAUCUACCACGCUGGUACGUGGUUUUGGGGGACAGCUGCGGGGAUUGAAUGAGGAGGCUCAGCGUCUUGAUGAUGAGAUGAUGAAAAAGAAUGAAGGAGUGAGAUAUCCCGGGACGCGGAACUCCAGUACCACCGACCUUGCUUCACAGUCCCCGGAUCCAAGUCUGAAGAUUAAUCCACCGGCCACAUCAGGAGCUGGGGGUGGUAACGUCAACAUCACUCUUUCAGAUGAUGACAAGAUGCAAUUGAAAAGCGCCGCGAUGUCAUUGAUUUCUCCUCAACCACAGGUUGAACCUCAAGCAACUGAUGGGGCAAGAACAGCCAACGCAUCGUCAAAUCCAACAGUCAAGAAAGAUCCUGAAGUGAAGGCUGAGCCUCAGGAUGAUGAACAGCAUCAGAGCAAACAGCAGGGUCAGCAAAAGAACGUGAUCCUGAACCAGGAGAAGCGGCAAAAGCAACCAAUGAACAGAAACGUGCUAGAGGCACUCAUACAGAUAUUUGGAAGCUGGAUCUGGGCCAUCGUGCGAAUAUUCAGCGGCACAUCUGAGAGUAAUAUAUCAUGA